GAUAAGCAAUGUGUUCUAGCCUGCAAACUCAAACAAAUUGGGGAAAAUGAUAAAAACCGCUCCUCCUUUACUCUCCAUUCUCUAAUAAUUAAACCCUAGCCUUUCACUAAAAUUCUCUUUUAGGAUUUCAUCCUUCUCCAAAAUCACAAUCCUAGCAACAAGUUAAAUUGAAAGAUGCUCUACGAAUUCAUCAAAUCUGAAGAGAUCGAUAAAGAAAGCUAUGAGUUUGAAGUCGUUUCAAUAUCAGAUGUUAAAAAAAAAUUCUGCUAUCGAAUUUCUACACCCAAACCCAAAUGUCGCCAAGCUUAUCCGCCCCUUUACUUUCAGAUGAGAUGGAAGAACGAAUUAUUGUAUCAUGAGAAGACAAUUGGUUCUCUUUUGGGUAUUAAUGUGGGGCAUCAGUUUUAUUCUCGAGCUGAGAUGACUACAGAAGGAUUUCAUAGUCAUUGGCUGAAUGGGAUUGAUUAUAUUGGACAAUCUAAAGGAAAAAAGGAAAUUGAAUUUAUUUCCUAGAGGAGAGGCUAAAGAUAGUAAAUGCCUCUCAUUAUUUCUGCACCAAGACAAUAGUUUUGGGCUAACUGAUGGUAACAAACUGUAUGUUGAAUUUAUUCUUUACUUGAAGAAUCAACGCCAAGGAAAAGACGACUAUCACAGUAAGAUAACUUCUAAGUUUUAACACGUGACAUCUUAUUUCUUAUUUUUAAAAAUUAGCUAGUGUCCUAUGGAAUUUAUAAUUUUAUUUAUUUAUUCAAGCUCAAACGAUUGGGGCGGGCUACCCAUUCUUUCAUUCUCUCAGUGACCUACAUGAUACUUCAAAAAACUACCUAGUAGACGAUACCAUAAUUAUUAAAGUUCGUAUUCAGAAGAUGAUUUUGGUGAAAGAUAAUAUGGCUUCUGUCUAGCAGAAUUGAUGUAUGUCCAAUAAAAAACAAUUAUGUGAUUCAAUGUACAAAGAAAUUGAUGCAAGCAUGUCACAUGUACAACAUUCCAGGCCAUGAAACUUGACGUAUGCAUUUAGAUUAUUGUUUUGAAUUCAUUCAUAUAAAGUUAAUCUUCUCGUACUAGCUAAGUAGUUUCAACAUUUUCGGGUUUAUUGUUGAUGAGGUGCAUCAAGACGUGAACAUGAUGACCUAUGAUCACUUUAUUUAUUUCAAGCUAAUAUAUCGUAUACUUCCUUGUUAAUACUAGAAAUAUCCAAAAACGAGUGGUUGCUUUCAUUAACCAAAACAACCUGUUUUAAUUUUAAAUAGUGUGCCUCAUGUCCACUCUUUGCAUCUAGACUCGAGCUCCCCAAUCGCCUUAUUGUGCCAUGUGUAUGUCUUUUCAAACAAGGCCAUAGCAUGCAAAGAUUGGCAUUGAUAUGAUUGCCAAAUUAGCUGAUCGUGCCAAAGUUGUUGAUACUCUCAAAGACCUUGCAUAUAAGGUUAUGCUCAAUUUGUACUUUCUUCCUAUUUGAUAAGAGAAUGAUCUGUGUUUUUGUUUACAGGUGGUUCUUAUCUGGACCUUGGCCACUUUCUCUUCUGCAUCAAUUUUGUGAUUGAAUUGUUUUCCUCAUGCAUUUUAGGUAGUGUAAAAGAGUUCUUCAUGAUAUAGCUUAAACAUGUAUACAUGUGCAUUGCUAUGAUUUGGGCAAAUAUAUUAUGUUGGGCUGGUUAAAAAUUGCAGAAAAUGGUUAAGUGGUCUGGCACUGCUUGUUGGCAUAUUUGCAUAACUAUAAAGUUAUGCAGUUACAAGCAUUUGGCAUAAUACCUUGACUGUUUUUAUUUAAUACUGUUUGUCCUCUAGCUAAAUUACCAUAUUAGUGAAUUUAAUAAAAAGUAGCCUGCAAUUUCCCCAAGACCGUUGCUGCUAAUGGUAAUGUUUGUGUGUUGCCAUGUGUUGUUUGUUGUUUCUGUCCUCUUCUCCUGCGGUAUGUCAGAAUGUGUGGAGGCGGUGGUGAGUGUAUUGCAGAAUUAAGAUCUAAAGUUCAGAACUGAAAAUUAGAUGUAAAAUAAUAGCUGAAAUUUAAAAUGCUUGUGUGUGUGUGUGAAAUUAGAGCUUGUGUGUAUGUGUAUAAGCGUCGAUUAUCCUUUUUAUUAGCUUUUUCGUUGUUUAUCUUUACUUAUAUACUUGUUGAACCUCAUUUAAAUUGUUUUAUCUUAUUCUUUGAUAUUUAUCAUGGUAUAAUCAUGGUGCUUCAUUAUACUUGGUUUAUACAAAGACUUUUUUUAGUUUCUAUUGUGGACUAGUUCUUAAUAUGCUCUAAAUGUUAUAGUUUACUCAGCAUGGUUUAAAUACAUUGGUCUUUUCAUUGUUGUUUAAAUACAACAUGUUGAAUGUUGAGCCUAUAUUGUGUAAUCUGUGAGGCCGAGGAGGAAUCUGUGAUCCACGCAGCUUUUGAUUGCUCUACAGCAAAGGAUAUUUGGGUAGCCAGUCCUUUUUUUGCUCAAAUUCAGUAGGUCCUGGCUUUCAGCUUUAUUGAGAGGCUGCUAUGGCUCUUAGAAAAUGUUUCAAGACCUUAACUAGUUACGAUUGCCACGCUAGCUUGGCUUAAUAUGUCCACCUUUGAGUAGAAUUCAUUUAUUGACGUUGAGGUUGCCAGGAGGUUCGUGAGUAUGGUGCGUGAAAGUAAUGAGUAUGCUAGAAAUGUUGCUAGCAGACCCAGCCAAAUCUGCCCACCAGUCAGUUCGUGGAGCUGCCCAAUUCAGGGAAGGGUUAAGGUAAAUUGUGAUGCCCUUUGGGUGUUAAAACUGUCUUGGGGGCUGUGAUCAGAAAUGAUCAAGAGACUAUUGUUGUGCUGCAGUGAGGCAGGAGGGUGGGAGGGAUGUAGAGUGUGCAAAAGCUGCCUGUCAAUAUGGUCUGCUUGUGGCGAAGAGGUUGGGAUACUCUGAUGUUCAUCUUGAAAGUGAUGCCUUGAAUGUGGUGAAUGUUGUCCGAAACAAUGCCAAAGGAUUUUCCCUUGUGUUUCUCCUAUAUGAUGAUAUUUGAAGGUGUUGACACCCAUUUGUGUCUCCCCAAAACCAAACCCGGUGAUGAGUACCUUUCACGUCGAAUCGUAAUCGAAUAAAGUGAAAGUGUGGAAAGUCUAGUGUUGUAGAUAGUGUGAAUAAAAGAUUGUUUUUGAGGAAAAUACAAUUUUAUCCUCCUCUACGGCUAAAUUUUAUCUGAAUUUAGAAAACGCGUAAGAAAACUUAUUAGCGCUUAACGCCAGCAUUA